AACACAAUUAUUAUGUUUUUUAAAGAUGUAAAUAUUUGAAUUUUUACACAAUAAAUACUGAUGAAACAUCAUCUAUUAUUCCUCAUUUCGUAGAUAUGUAUGGGAUACAUUUGGAAUUUUUGGACAAGAUGUUUGUCAGCAAUUGCCUUUAGUUCUAUCCCGAUAAAAUCCAUAUGACUGACUAUGAAAUGAUAUGUAAGAAAUGGGAUACACCAACAUAGUAGAGCAGUCAGACUGCGAACGAUUGAUGAAAGAUAUCCAAAUGAGAAGAAAAAUAGACCAUCGUAUCACGCUGAGAAAACUGGUUAUGUUCUGUGCGUUGUUGACAUUAUUUGGUAUUAUUUACUUUGGAUAUAUUUGUUCAGACAAUCGUUGUUCAUUGUCCUACAACCCUAAACCAACAAUUUAUUCAGAAUGGAAUGUAAUGAAUCUUCUUUCAACCAAUAUGUCUGACCUUAAAAGUUCCAAAAAUACAGGUACAGGAGUAAGUUACAAUGACAUGCAGAACGAAAACCAAUUACGUUUUGAUAUGAAUGCACAUGACGUGAUGGUGUUUCUGCAUGUACAAAAAACUGGUGGUACUUCAUUUGGUCGUCAUCUUGUCCAAGAUCUAGACUUGCAACGUCCUUGUACAUGCCAAAGAAAGAGGAAAUUAUGCUAUUGUUUUAGACCUAGUCGAAAUGAAAAUUGGCUCUUUAGUCGAUAUUCUACAGGAUGGAAGUGUGGACUCCAUGCAGAUUUCACUGAAUUGAAUGGAUGUGUUGACUCAGAACUUGAUAAAAAUGAAGGAAAAUCUAUCAAAAGAAGAUACUUCUAUCUUACUUUAUUGAGGGAUCCAGUUAGCCGUUACCUAUCAGAAUACAAACAUGUACAAAGAGGUGCAACAUGGAGAAUGUCAAGACAUUGGUGUGGGGGUCGCACUGCAUCACUUGAAGAGUUACCAUUAUGUUAUAAUGGUACAUUUUGGACCGAUGUAACAUUGAAUUCAUUUGCAGAUUGUCCUUAUAAUUUAGCUGCUAAUAGACAAACAAGAAUGUUGGCAGAUCUAUCUUUGAUUGGUUGUUAUAACUCAUCUUAUAUGAAUCAAGAAGAACGAGAUAGAGUUAUGCUAGCAAGUGCUAAAAGAAAUUUACUGUCAAUUGCAUUUUUUGGACUUACUGAGUUUCAAAAAUUAAAUCAGUACAUAUUUGAAGAGACAUUUAAUUUAAGAUUUGCAGUCACGUUUACACAACACAAUACCACUCUUUCUGCUGUUUAUAAAAAUUUAUUAAAUUAUGAAGAGUUAGAAAAAGUAAAAAGAAUAAAUGCAUUAGACAUUGAAUUAUACGAAUUUGCAAAGCAUCACUUAUUUCGACGUUUUGAAAAAUUAAGAACCAAAAACUCAAAUUUCAAAGAACGAUGGGCACAUCUAGGCCAGUUACCAAGCCAAACUGCAUUUGACUGGGAAAAAGAAGUAGAGACUGAAGCUGCUGACAAUGAGGUAAACUAUACGUAGCAUUAACAUUAUUUAUUAAAUGAAAAUAAAUGAAAAAAAAACUGAUCUCUUUAUUAUUGGAAAGUAUGGUAUGUAUAUUAAAUAUGUUACAAAAUACUUAUUGGUUAACAGGACUUAUUUUUAAUAGAUAUAUAUUCUGUUAAUAUCUAUAAUUUGUAGGAUUUAAAAUGUUAGUUAUUGAGGCAUA